CUGUUCACAGCCUUGUCGCGUAGGUUCCCGUCUCUUCUCUCUUUCGGGGAGGGGGGCUGCCAGGGCGGCUCGGUUAUCAACCUCGGCCCUGUCCGAGAUACCUACGGUUACCCUGGUCCCCGUCCCCAGGCCGAGCAGCAUUGUCUUGCAGCCCUGGUCUGGCUCCAACGAUAAAAGGUGAUCGCGAGCCCGAUCCUCGCACCCGAUUCUUCGUCUUUUCGCGCUCUCAUACUACCCCUCAACGAUCUCUCUACUGCAGACCCCCACAGCCGCCUUCGAUAUGGCGCGCAUUGGCCAAUCCUUCCAUAUUCCCUCAGCUUCAAGCUUGUCGAUUGAGAUAUCCUUCGUCCCCGCACCUUCGCGCGAUCUCGAACCGACAACAUGGCCAUCCGAACCGCACCGUCCCUCAGCAUCGAUGUCUACUGAGUUGGGCUCCUUGAGGCUCAAUCCCAGCACUGCGCCUUCUCGCCAACCCUGUCACUCCUAUCGACGGAGUCUAGAUCCUGCUGGUAUCCUGGAGAUCGGUGGUACAACCACCAUCACUGAGAUCAGUCACGAGUCCGCACCCAUCGCCUUCAGGAACAUGGCUCGCAAUAUCGUAUCCUGGGAGAAGCACACGUUCCUCGUGACGGUAUUUACCUGGAUUCUCCUACGUCCGGACGUGGAAGCUUUGUCAAGACGUGCCUUUGAGCGUCUACGCUCCAUUUCAUUACUCCAGACGCUUUUGCUCGAAUACGUUUCUCGAACGCGUGGCCGCGAGCGCCGAGGCUGAUCGACGCUUGCCUGGCGACACGAUAUUCGAACCGGCCGACGCUGAAGACGACAGGCACGUACAUGGUCCCACAUGUGAAGAGGGC